CGCGUUUUUUGUGGUCUUAAGGUCGUUGUUGCGUUUACAAUGUGGGCAUUCUAAGUUGCUAGGGUCGGAUAACCUUUUCUUUUAUUUCAUCGGAGUCUUUUAGGUUCGUCCGGAACGUGAUUAAUCAUACCCAAAUCACUGUAACUCGCUUGUUAUUUGACUUGAAGAGAUUUUCUUCACUUUAUUAUGUCGUGCCGGUGAUUCGGCAUGGCUAUAAUUGCUGAACAAACCAGUCAGAAUCUCGCCUAUACCCAUCGUAGCGCUUCGUGUCUUUCUUGUAGGGACUGUGGGUACUAGUGAGGCAUGCAUGAGAAGUGUUGGGAUUGAGAACAAGAUGGAAUAGUGAGCCAGUGAUCCACGAAACGCUUAAUAAGAAAAAUAACAGGUAAUAACCGUGGGUGACACAGGCUUCUAACUGAAAUGAUCUGAAAAUCGUGACUAAAAGUAAAUGAUUCAAGUUUUUAAACCGCUACAAUAUGACUAAACAGCGUUUUAGCAUCAUAGCUUAUUUCAGCUCAUGAUCCCAGUCCUUACUCUCUUUAACCGGAAUUCCUAACUGUCAUUUCUGUCCAUUAAUCCUUACACUAGCUUAUAUCCUUGUUUUGACUUGUGUCAGUGACUGAAGUUUCUCUUGGCCACUUUGGUACCUCUUGGACAUCAUUCAUACGUUAUAGUCUCACUCACUGAAGCAUUUUGGGGUGUCAUAUUUCAAGGCUUACUUUACUGGAUGAGAUCCUAGUGGGUUCGAAGUAGGUCGGGUGCCUAAAUAGAUACUUCACAUCAACAGUUAUAGCCAUUGAUUGUCAUUCUGAGCCUUGUUAAGUCUUGACUACUUGUUCAGUGUUUACAAAAUCAGCGUUUAAAGACGUUAAAUAAUUUUCUUCUUCAGCAUCUCUUCCCUACCUUGUUUUAUUUAUUUAUUUAUUUGAACACAUAAAUAUUGGUAUGAAGGGGCACCGAAUACAUACACGCCACACAAGUCACUUGAUUUGUGUGUGGGCCAUGAUACUGCCCGGGUGCUCAGAUCGAACAAGGUUACUUUAUUUUAGACCCAUAUUUUUAAUGUUUGGUCUUUUGCAGUGUCGCCGUCUUUAUAAUACUCGAAUUUUCUUACAUUCAUCUCGUAAAUUUCACUUCAUUGUGUUGAUUAAGGAAUAAGGACUGGUACACACUUGUCCCAAGCUUUACAUCCGUUGCGAAUGACUGAUGAACAAGUAUUCCGUCGUACCACUGUACACCAACUUCACAACUGACUGCGAAGUUAGUCUGACUAAGGAAUUACUUGUAAAACAGUUUACUAUUUUUUGUGCUAUUCAGAACAAAGAUCCCGUGGACUGUACUCUCCAUCGCCAUACUAACUACUCAGUACUGACAUGUGAUUAUAUAUUCCUUUUGUUCUCCAGAUUGCGUACUUGUUUUGAAGAUCAAUAUUUCCUAAGAAAUAACUUUAUUUGCUGGCUUGCAGUCAGGAUGAAGCUUUUUCUGCACAACAUACUUACUUCUCGUGUCUUAAAUUCUGUGAAAGUGGGAUAUCCACUAAAAUUGAAAGCCAACGCAUUAAAGGUAUCAACAGUUGAUUAUGACCCUGCAUCAGUUGCACGUUUGAUUCCGAAAGUUGAGUGGUCUGUUGUGAAGUCAGUGGCAGAUGAAAUUGGUGAAGAAUACAUUCCUUGUUUGCCAGAAGAAGUCCCGGUUAAUUAUUCGGAAAACGAAGAAUUCUUAAAAUUGGCACACCGAGCACUUCUUGAAGUCGACGUAAUGGAGGGUGUACUGGUUUGCCCAGAAACUGGUCGAGAGUUUACCAUCUCAAACGGAAUUCCAAACAUGUUGGUCAACGAGGGUGAAUAA